GGCCACGCCCGCCACCGCAGUGAAGGGCGUAGCCGUAGACGCGAGGACACUACCGCUCGCGCCGUGCACGAUAGGGACAACCGGCGGAAGCCGGAGAACGGAGAGUGGCGUUGCCCGAAAUGCUUAAAUUUGAAUUUCGAAAAGCGGAAGAUUUGCAACGCCUUCAACUGCGGCUACCCAAAAGAACCCUGGAAGUGCCCGGCGUGCAACGCGCAAAAUGCCGCGGGGGAGUUUCUGUGUGCCGCGUGCGGGAAACCGCACCCCAACGCUACAGAGAAGCAUCUGAAGUUCAUGCCCAAAAACCAGCCGAAUAAUCAGUAUCAGGC